CUCCAGUCACUUAGCGAUAUGUGUUAUUUACUGUUUAACUGCUACGGACACCGUACGCAAGGCUCGACGCCGGGAACUAGAUAGAGCCAAGCGACACGGAGCGAGUUUUCUCUGCUCUUCAAGAAGAGAAGAUACAAGUAAAAGAAAGUGAGAGUUCUUAAGACGCGAGAAUGGCAAGUCCGCCGCCGACGGGUGGACACUUGUUUUCAAACGUGAAUGUGAAUAAUAACAACAUAAAGAAAUGUGGAUAUUUGAAGAAACAGAAACAUGGACACAAGCGGUUUUUCGUUCUGAAGGACCAGAGCGAGGGCUUCCCUGCCCGGCUGGAGUACUACGAGAGUGAGAAGAAAUGGAAAAACAAGUCAGCGGCUAAAAGGGUUAUACCUUUGGACUCCUGUCUGAACAUCAGCAAGCGAGCAGACGCCAAACAUAAACACCUGAUUGCCCUUUACACGAAGGACGAGUAUUUCGCCGUUGCCGCAGAAAACGAGCAAGAGCAGGAAAAUUGGUUUAGAAUAUUAACGGAUUUAAUGAACGAAGGGAAAGUGUCCGAUGGGUCAGCGUCAAAUUCUGCCUCCUCUCUGGUGGGAUUCGACGAAUCUAACUACGGCAUGAUUACGCCAGUGAGUGCUACUUACAAGGAGGUAUGGCAGGUCAAUUUAAAAUCUAAAGGACUGGGACAGAGCAGAAAUUUAACUGGAGUGUACAGGCUGUGUUUGUCCAGCCGAACGAUUAGCUUUGUAAAACUAAACUCGGAGGUCGCGUCAGUCACCCUUCAGCUGAUGAACAUUCGCCGAUGCGGCCAUUCGGACAGUUUUUUCUUUAUUGAGGUGGGCAGGUCUGCAGCCACCGGACCUGGUGAAUUGUGGAUGCAGGCGGACGACUCUGUGGUGGCGCAAAACAUCCACGAGACAAUUUUGGAGGCGAUGAAAGCGAUGAAAGAGCUGUCGGAGUUCCGACCGCGCAGCAAAAGCCAGUCCUCAGGUACUAACCCCAUCUCCGUGCCCACAAGGCGGCACUUGAACAAUCUUCCACCGAGUCAGACGGGGCUGCCGCGGCGGUCACGCACCGACAGCAUGGCAGCCACGUCUCCCGUGACUAAAUUCACUUCCUGUCGGAUACGAACGGCCAGCGAAGGCGACGGGAACAUGACGCGGCCAAUGUCUGUGACAGGCAGCCCCAUCAGCCCCGGCGUAAACAGGACCCAUCUUAGCCGGUCCAAUACUGUUACAGCCCGCCCCUGUAGAACAUUUGAGUCAUGCUCUCUUCAGCAUAGUAAGUCCAUGUGCAUGCCUGUCUCUCAUUCCCCUCCAUCAGCCACCAGCCCGGUCAGCCUGUCCUCCAGUAGUGGGAAUGGCUCCAACCUGGAGAGUGUUCCACGCCCCUCUAGCUGCAAUGUGUCUGUCUCUGGGUCACCUAGUGACCAGGGCUUCAUUUCCUGCGAUGACUGUGCAUCCAGCCCAGGGGAUGUGCGGCACCUGUUAACGGGCAACCGAAGCAACACGCCUGAAUCGUUCAGUGACACGCCCCCCUCACGGGAGGGCAGCGACCUGAGCGGAUACGUGAUUAUGGAGAGGCAGCAUUCUGGGAACCUUUUCACACACGGCUACGGAAGGCGGACCGCUCGGACCGGAGAGGAAGGCCUGCUGGAUUUAGAGAAGGCGUACAGAAAGAGGACAUAUUCCUUAACCAUGCCUCACCAGAAGAGGGCGCCAUCACAAGUAUCCUCAGCCUCGUUAGACGAAUACACGCUUAUGAGGGCGACGUACACCAACGGUGGGCAUUCGGGGCGCAGCUCCCACACAGCCUCCCCAAAAGUCUCUUACCCGGAGGAUUACGGAGACAUUGAAAUCGGCUCUUUACUGAAAAGCCCCAGUAACAUGCUAGGCGAUGAUGGCUAUAUGCCCAUGACCCCUGGCGUGGCUCCACAGGGUGGCAGAAGCGAUAACUAUAUGCCCAUGAGCCCGAUGUGUGUCUCGGCUCCCAAGCAAAUCCUUAAUCCCAGGGUUCACCCAGUCAAAGUGAGCAACGGUUUCAGGGCUAAUUCCCCCAGUAGCUGUUCAUUGGACGACAGUGGCUACAUGAGAAUGUUGUGUGGCUCUAAGCUGUCAGUGGACAGCUCUGACGGAAAGCUGAUGAACGGUGAGUACCUCAACAUGUCUCCUGUGGACCCCUGUGUCUCCAUCACUCCCCCAGACUACUUUUUGGGCACCGCAGGUGUUGAGCAGCCUGCCCUUCUCAAGCAGUCUUACUCCUAUAACUCUCUGCCUCGCUGUCACAAACCGCUGCAGCCUGUCAAGAACGGAGACACCGACGAGUACGUCCCAAUGAACCUGCAAAGUCAAAAAAUAAUAGAGGAGUCCCGCUCCGCCCUCUCAGGGGUCCCAGAGAUGACGGCCACCCACUUCCCCCUCCGGCAGAGCCGGUUAGAGACUCUCUUUCACAGAUCCAGGAUCAGUCGGCCCACCCGGCUCUCCCUGGACACGCUUCGGACGCUGCCCAGUAUGAACGAGCACCCGCUCCCCUCCGAACCUAAAAGCCCCGGAGAGUACAUCAACAUAGAUUUCGGGAGCACUGUCCAGAGGUACUCCCCCCCCUCCACCAUUUCUACUGAGAGCCCCGCCUCAUCCCUUAGCUCCUCCAGUGGCCAGAGGAGGUCCCCCUUGUCGGACUACAUGAAUGUUGACUUAAGUGCCCAGUCACCCAAAUUAGGGGACACCGCCCCGUUAGACCCCUUGGAUGCAAUGCCAGAGCUGGAGACGUGCCCGUGCCAGCCUGAGGAGGAGGAGGAGGAGAGAUACCACCUCACAGCACAGGUGGCAUCCACGUGCUCAACUGGUACGAGUAAAGAUGACUACACAGAGAUGACAUUUAGCGUAACUGCCUCUCCAUCUCAACCAGUGCUGAAACCUGCUGAGAGCACCCAGACCACCAGUCCAACCUCCUGUGUGCAGAGGCUAACCCUGAGUGAGAGUGGGGGGGUUCCAGCUGUGGAGGCUUUCCUUCUCGGAGGUGCCACGCUGCCCGCCGUUGACCCUGACCGGGGGGCCAAGGUGAUUCGCGCAGACCCUCAGGGUCGCAGGCGCCACAGUUCGGAGACUUUCUCCUCCACCACCACCGUCACGCCCGUCUUCCCCUCCUUCGCCCACGAUGCCAGGAGGCACGGCUCGGCCUCCGUGGAGAACGUCUCGGUGUCGGCGAGACGCAGCGAAGGCUCGGACGAGGAGUACAUCAGCACCAUGUGCAGGGAGACGUCGGCUGGCUUUCAGAACGGACUGAACUACAUUGCCUUAAACCUGAUGGACGAGGGACUGGCCACAGAUGCACUUGUCAGAUUCAAAGCUGCCAGCUGCUGUAAGGGAGGCGUCAAUGGAAUACAUGGCAGCCCAUUUACAAGCCUUGGUUUCAAGGACACAGCAACAACAGUGAAAGACUGAGCAGAACCGGACAUUCUUUCUCUCCAUUCUUCGCCUUCAUUCCUUCGUUUCUCUUCGUGUGAACGAGGGAUCUGUGGCCUGGCUUUGGAGGAGAAAAGGUGGCCGCGCAAACAGAUGGACCAUCCCGCUGCUCGAGACGACCCCGCUCCCUGACCUCCGAAGCGCAUUUAGGGUAAUGGUCGUCACGGCAACACUUGACCCCAAAGCUCUAGGAGGGUCCUGUGAUCUGUGCCUCUGAGAGACCAUAGGAACCAUUACUGCUGCUCUAUACGUGACUGUUUGAAAAAAAAAAAAAAAACGCAAACAAACGCAAAGAGAAAAGUUGCACAGUAGAUCAGACUCCCGUUUCCUCUGUAUUGAUUUUUUUUUUAUUCUUCUCCAAGAUAGUUUAGAGGUCUGGUCUGUAAAAGGCCAGUGUCCCUCACCCACAAAACCUGUGAACCAAACCUGGAAUGGAACACACACACACAAACACACACAUACAUACAUAUGAGUGCAUACACACACAUACACACAUGCACACUCACUGGGUGCACAUAAUUCUUAUUUAUUUAUUUAUAUGUGUGCACUAGUUUAUGUGUGCUUUUUGUGAAUGUGUAUGUGUUUUCCAAAAACAUUGCACGGAGGUGGCAUUUUAUGAAAAUAUUAAACAAAACAACAACAACAACAACAACAACAACUGAGUAACCAGUCUCUUGAUAACCCUACCUCAGAAUUAGCCAGGUUAUGACUUGCAUACUAAAUAUAUAUA